GUCUGCAUUGUUGGUGGUAUAGACUGUCCAAACCUUUUCAUAUAGACACGGUCUACCGCCUCAUCAGAACGUGUGUCCACCUUAUCAUACAUGUACCAUAGUGCUUUACAUAAACUGUUGACAACGCAAACUAAUGCUGUAUAUAUACUGUGCACGGUAGUAUAGAAAGACUUAACACCCUUUUAUGUACCAUAUUAUCAUUCAGUGACGUCCGGACCAACCAACCAGCCACUACAGUCCGCACAUAACUUUAUCAUACUCUACCCGAUACAUUGCGGGGUGCUCCGAUUAACUAAACAGAGGAAUCUAAUACACCAACAAACCAACCAUGGCGUCGUGUACAACGUUUUUCAGGAGUUUGUGGGCAUUACGGAGUAUUUUACUCAUUCUCAUCGCUUUCCUCGUCCCCAUUGGUUUUCUCCUUGAUGGCUCGCUGGAAUCAAGAUGUGCCUACGUCAUGGUUUCCAUGGCGAUCCUGUGGUUGACGGGGGCGUUACCCAUCACUGUCACAGCCAUGAUGCCGAUGUUUCUCCUGCCAUUACUUUCUGUCCAGCCCGGAAAAGUGGUUUGCGGAAACUACUUCAAUGAUAUCAGUGCGCUGUUUCUAGUGGGAUUGAUAAUUGGCGUUGCUAUGCACGAGGUCAACUUACACAAACGUAUCGCCAUCAGAAUUACAAUGCUGUUGGGCGCAAGUCCGAACUCAAUGAUGCUGGGACUGAUGAUCUCCACGUGGUUCCUGUCCAUGUGGAUCAGUAAUACAGCAACAGCUUCUAUGAUGCUUCCCAUCCUAAUAGCUGUCUCUGAGCAGACGAGAGCGAUGGAUGACGAGAGUGAAGCUACUGCAACAAGUACACUUAAGCAAAACGGAAACACUGACGUGCAAGAUGCUCAUUUGACAGAAGUUGCCCAUGGAAAUUCAAAAGUGGAGGCCUCUCCUCAGCUUAAAGACGUGAAAAGUAAAGGCCAUCAUGAUAGCAAGCGUUUGAAAAAAGGACUUGCAUUGAGCGUGGCAUACGCUUCAAAUAUUGGGGGAAUUGCCACACUUAACGGUUGUGGGCCCAACUUAGUUCUUAAGGUACAGGUUGACAGACGUUUCCAAGACUACGGAGCUGUUGACUCCGGGAUAACGUACGCCAACUGGAUAGGGUUCGCUUUCCCUGUGUCGCUCAUCUUGUUGAUUCUCGCUUGGGUCUGGCUCCAGAUAGUCUUCUUAAGGUGUGGAUGCUGUGAGGCAGCUGAAAAAAGCAGACAUGCUAAGAUGGAGGCGUUCGUUCAGCGGGAGUACAAACAGCUGGGACGUAUAAAGUUUGGAGAGAUCACCGUCCUGGUGCUGUUUUUAACACUGGCUCUACUGUUGUUAUUCCGUGAUCUGCCUGACAUUGGAGGCUGGGGGGAUUUGUUCCUGGACGCAGACGGGAACAGUACAGUAACAGAUUCCACGGCUGCGAUCCUUCUGGGGAGCCUCCUGUUUGUUUUACCCAACAAGCUACCAAACGUCUGGUGCUUGAACACAUCAUCAGGACCGGGAGAGUUACACAAUAGCUCUGUUCCGGGUUCCGUCCGGAUCAAAUCGGUUCUGACUUUAUGCGCGGCGGAAGUCACAAAGCCAAAACUUCGAAAAAAGUGGUUAGACCAGAUCAUGAGGAAAGACUACGAGGCAAAACCACAUCACCGUGUCUGCUCGCUCCACUUCAUCGACGGCAAGCCAACAGAUGAUAAUCCAGUCCCUACACUUUUCAGCAGAAACAAUUAUGGGAAACCCAAAGCAGUCAGAAAUAUGACGUCAAUUACAAAACGACAGGAACACCUACAGGUAGCAUCUAUACCAUCAGCUCUUGAAGAAAGAAAUCUUCCAUCUGAAGUUGACAUGGUGUUUUCCCCUCCAUUUGUUUGUACUGUUGAAGUUGAAACAGCUGUUCAUGCCAUAGAUUUCUGUGCUGAUCAUUCAUGCUUCUUCAAUGAAGAUGUGGAUAUGUCAAAAGACCAUAGCUACUCUGUAGGACAGAUUACAUCAGACACAGCUGUAGAAGUCAGAGAUUCUGCUGUCCAGACAGACUUAUCCAUGUGGGAUAUACAAGCUAAUUCACAGAAACUUGAAGACCUUGAACAGAAGCUAGGAAACAAGGAUGCUCUUUUGCGGAAUUUGUUUGUUGACAAAGUCACCAGAACAGAUGAGAGUGUGAUGCANAAAUACACUCCUAUCCUAACGUGGAGGAUUGCCGAGAAGAAGGUCGCGUGGGGCGUUCUCAUCCUGUUCGGGGGAGGGUUCGCUCUAGCCGAUGCUUGCACAACUUCCGGUCUGUCCCGAUUGGUUGGAUGUGAGCUGAGGUUGCUGAAGGGCCUGGACCCCUGGGUGAUGAAUCUGGUUUUAUGUCUGAUUGUGGCGGGCGUUACCGAGAUCUACAGCAACACCACCACCUCCACUCUUCUCAUGCCCAUAAUGUUUGAACUGUCUACAACUGUUGGAAUACAUCCCCUGUACUUCAUGAUAUCGACCUGUAUGGCAUGUUCCUUUGCCUUCAUGCUUCCAAUAGCCGCGCCUCCAAACGCUAUUGUGUUUUCAACAGGAGCCGUGACGAUACCGGAUAUGGCCUUGACAGGUGUCGUUCCUAACAUCGUAGCUAUUGGGGUGUUGACCGUCGCCAUCAACACGUGGGGCACGGCUAUAUUUAAACUGGACACUAUCCCAGAGAUAUUUUUAAAUUCAACCCAAGAAUCAAUGUGUCCUGGUACGGAAACAAUCUUUGUUGUAAAUACAACCGUGGCCUGGCUAAACUCGACUAUACCUGGAACAACGCCAUAGAAAAGGUGACUAGCGUCAGUCAAUCGAAAGAUAUAUAUUGGAAAUCUAUUAAUGUGACGUAUCAACAGCACUCUACGACCG